AUGUAAUAAAUUUGUGACUUUCAUUUACGUUUCAUAAAAUAAGUCUGUUGUGAAAAUCAAUGUUCAUCAAAACUUCUUUGUGAUGAAUGCAUAAAAUCAAGCAAUGAUCAUGCAGGCCAUAGGUUAGUUGAUUUGUAACAGUUUAUGAAUUUAGCAGAAUAGUUUUUAAAAGGAGGCUAUCCAGAAGUGGUAUUAUAUGGAGCUGAUUUAAAUACAAAAACAAAAAUUUACGUUUCUAACACUCAAAAUAUUAAGCAGGAUAUGUAAGCUUAGUACGUUAAAAUGCUCGAAGAUUAGAUUUAAAAAUACAUAAACCAAUUGGUUGAUGGAAUCAAAUAAGGUAAAAAAAUGAUUAUCGAAUUUGUGAAUUAGAUUAUUGAUGAGAGUUUUUCUUCAGCAGUUUUAAAUAAUCGAGAAUGCAGUCAUAUGAUUGUCAAGGGUGUUUUGCAGGCUUUCGAGCAGAAGAUAUCAACGAAGGAUGGGAACAAUUUAUUGUAUAGAUUGCAUACUGGAUAAUUGGAGAAAGAUUAUUAUGAAAAGAAAAUUCAAGGGUUAGUAGAAUUGUUUCAAACUCAUUUAAAAUAAAUUUUGGAACCAUUGGGUAAUUAGGUUGAGAAUUAUGCAAAGCAAUUUCUAUAACAAAUGGAAAAGGUAAAGGUUUCAGUUAAAAAUGAACACUUCAAUCUCAAUAGGACUAAUAUGAUUGCCAAGUAAUUUAAAAUCAAAGAUAUGGUCAUCGACUAAAACCUUUAGUUGAAAGUCGAAUAGCCCAAUUAUGUUUCUAGAAAACAUAAUGUAUCAUUGCCACCACCACUCCAAAAUGAAGGUGAAUAUUAGAAUAUCUUCAAACUUAAAACUGCCAGAAUUCCUAAACAGAGGAAACUAGAGUUACUUAAAUCUUUAGACUUCAUGCAUCAUACAGCGAGGAGUGAUUCGAAUUUGUAAACUAUCUCACAAAUCACUCCCCAAAAGGCAAAAUUAGAUAAUGCAGGACAAGAUCUUAAAAGAAUUAUGGUUGUCAAUUCAAUUCAUUAAAAUCUUCUUGAUGUAAUUAGCAUUCAGGGUAACAUUUGUAUCACAUCUGGAAAGGAAGGCACCUUGAAUUUAUUUACUAUUUAAAUUGACGGACCUGACAUUUCUAUAGUAAACCAACAUUAAAUCAAACCCCAUCAGGAAUUGAGAGAUGUGGAAGUCUGUUAAACUCCAGGCAUGUUUCUUACUGUUGGUAGGAACAUCAAAGUAACUAAUGAGAAAUAUGUGGAUUUGGGAUACAUAGUGAAGUUGUUUCUUUUUCAAGAUAUUAAAGACAUUGAAUUGUUGACUGAAUUCAGGGAUCUUCACAAUCAACCUAUUGAGAAAUUGAAGUUCAUCAAUGAGAAUUAUAUCAGAACAAGGAUAGAAUAUUCGAAGUUUAGUAAUGAAUUAGAAUUUGCAUCCCAAACUGUGGACACAAUUAAAGUGUGGAAAUUCUCAUUCGAUAGCUCUAAAAUAUACGAGGGAGAAAUGUAGGAGAUGUAUAAAGUUGAAGUCAAGUAGUAAAUAAUCAAAAGCAUUGAAUUUUGCAGCGAUUUCUUAAUUUUAACAACCAAAUAGAAUUAUUCCAUAUAUUUCAAGACCACACUAAUUAAGUAGUAAGUUUAAGGGAAAGAUUGCAUUGUAAAAUCUAAGGUGAUCAAUAACAACAGAGUUUUGAUAUUGAGUAACUAGGGAGUCAUUACAAUCUUGGAUAUGUUGAAGAUCAAAAAUAACGAUAAAUCAUUUGAACCUCAAAAAAUAAACAUCAAGAAGUAUUUGAGAUUGAUCCUGUUUGAGAAAGAGGAGAAGGAAGUCGAGUUUAUAGAUUGUAUCCAAAUCAAUCAAAAAUUCCUUGUGUUCAUGCAUAGUACAGUAUAUGAUCAUUUUCUCACAUUGAAUAAAAAUUUUGAUAUAGAAAAUAGAUUCAGAUACCCGCCUUCCGAGAUAAGAUUAUUGAAACAAUUGGAAUUUGAUAAAUAUAAUUUCAUCAUAAGUGUUGAGGGCAAGAAUGACUUCGGAAUUUGGAAUAUUGUUUUAAAAUGA